GUCGCGCAUGCGCAGUGUCUGAACAGAAGUUAAAGUGCUAGAAGAGAUUGCAGGCAGGAUGGAUGUCCUGAUGAUGAAGCUUCAUUUGAAGACUUGAUACACGGCUGCUCAUCCACCUGAAGAUUGAAAUGGGGAAAGGUUGUAAAGUUGUGGUGUGUGGCCAGGCUGCAGUAGGGAAAACUGCCAUACUGGAGCAGUUACUGUACGGAAAUCACUCUGUAGGCUCAGAGUCCAGUGAGACCCAGGAGGACGUGUACGUGGCCUCAGUGGAGACCGACCGAGGCGUGAAGGAACAGCUGAGGCUUUACGACACCAAAGGCCUCCACGAUGCACAAGACCUCCCCAAACACUACUUCACGGUGGCGGACGGCUUCGUGCUCGUGUACAGCGUCGACAGUGUCGAGUCGUUCAAGAAGGUGGACAUUCUGAAGAAGGAAAUAGACAAGUCCAGAGAUAAGAAAGAGGUGACGGUUAUAGUGCUCGGGAAUAAGACGGACCUGCGGGAGCGCCGUCAGGUGGACCAGGAGGUGGCGCAGCAGUGGGCUCGGGGAGAGAAGGUGAAGCUGUGGGAGGUGAGCGUCACGGAACGAAACAGCCUCAUCGAGCCGUUCACCCAGCUGACCAGCCGCCUCACGCAGCCUCAGAGCAAGUCUUCCUUCCCUCUGCCGGGACGCAAAAGCAAAGGCACGCCCUCAAACGACAUCUGAAGCUCCGAAGACCUCGCCUACCCCCCCAACCCCACCCCCCACUUCUCUCUGCUUCUGUCAGCAGGCUGCAUUCACCUCAUGUGAGAAUAACCAGUGGGACGAUAUGAAGCAUGACUUGUUGAGUUUGUGCAGAUUUCACCAUUUACACACAUAAGUACGGUUAGUCAAACAAUAUGAGAUACGUUUUGUUUUCUCCUCUCUACAGAGAGUGGGAUGGCGAUAUUGACAUCAUGUCUAUAUAUUAAACACGGAGAUGAGGUCAGGGCUAGCUUGUUAGCUUAGCUCCUAGAUAAACUGAAAGAAGAAGGAAACGGUUAGCCUGGUACCAAAGUGAAAAAUGAUGCCAACCAAUACAAACAAAUUUCAUUUAUUACAAUGGUUAAAUGUGCAGAGAAACACAAAUCUAUACCACUUUUGUUGUUAUAUUUUAAGGGAUGUUAUGUGCCAUGACAUCUUCUUGACUAACAGCUUCUCCAUCUGCCCAGCACUAGUGUUUAAUGUCUCUGUCUAAAGUGCAGACCGCCUGACGAUACAGUCAGCGAGCACAGGUGUUCUUCUUGUUCUCUGUACAGGCAUGACUGCACCAAACCUGGCAACCUCGCCGUGGUGACAAGUCUCCUGGAAGUCGUGUCAAGAAGAAAGAAACACAAAAAAAAAAAAAAAAAGUUGAUUUUAGAGGGAAUGUUUUCCGAACUAUUUCUCUGCCUAGCGUCUGAAGUAGUCAGUUUUGGUACUCUCAUGUCUGGACAGCGACCGAAACUAAAACUUGUGCUCACUAACUCUGUCUUCACAACAUGUGCCAUCGCUGUACACAAAAGGAUGGCAGAUAGAAAAAACAAAAAACAAAAACAUGGACAGUCCUUUUUACAUUUCUGUUUAUGUUUGGAUUGCAAAAUGUUUAGUUUGUAGCUUUGAACGUUGUGGGGAUUUUUUCCCCUCGUAGUUUUGAAUGUCGGACAGAGAAAAAGUAAGCGGAUUCUUCUUCCUCCCGUGUUUAUGCUAAGCUAGGCUAACCGCGUCCUGACUCCAGUUCUAUACUUCACACACAGACUUCAGACUUGAUAUCUUUAUCUCACACGUACAAAGAGUGCUUCAACUUUAUUUGUUGUUCAAAUGCAAUACAUCCCCUUUAAGGAAACAAACAAAUACAUCUUACAAAUGAACACAUGGAACCCUUAUAUACCAAAGAUGUGACACUAAUCCAAACAAAGAUGCUGCAGACUUAACUUGUGAAUUGUGAAAUAACCGGUUGUGUUUAGGGUCAUAUGUUUACCAUUCCAAGUUAAACAAUUUCUGUCUUGCACUUUAACACUCGCAGGCCCUUAUCCACAGUAAAAGAGUGAUUAGUCCCCGUUAACAUACAUCUGAUUUUUAAAAACCUCCGCCCUGUUUUCACAUAUUUAGGUGUAAAUGUUUGGAAUUGCUUGAGCAGAUUGUUCUAGCCAGCAACCAUGAAAACUGACUUAUGUGCAUUGUAAUCCAUGUAGGCAAUAUUGCACCUGGUCAGAGGACGUCCAGUAAAAGUUCUUGUUUUUGUCUCUGACAGGCUCAGGUUGUUAUUCUAAGUGUCUGACUACAUUACAGAAAGGAUCCCUACAAAGAAAUUCUACUUGAUGAUGAGUAAGAACCCAGAAACAGUUAGUAUGUUGCCAUCUUUAAAGCCACCGGACUCCAUUGAGAAAACCAGUCAUUUUACCAUGCAGAACACAGGAGUUGUUUGUCUACUGCCGCCUUGGUCGGUUAGUUAGUUUGUGUUUUUGUGUGUUACGAAAAUAUUGCAAAAUGAGUUGUUCUUGGCUCCGACACAAUACUUGAAUAACACCAAAAACACAAUUAAACUUAGCGAUGGAGUCAGCGGUAGAGCAACAACUCCAGUGUUCUGCGAGGUCGAGUGAGUCUUUUUGUCAAUGAGGUCUGGCUGCUUUGGACCGAGUGUUUCAGUGUCUGUUUCAGGUCAAAUCAAAGGGACCUUACUGAACAGAAGAAGGUCUAUCUUUGCAGGAAUCACCUCUGUAACGUUCUCAGACACUAAGAACAACAACCUGAGGCUGUCGCUGGCAAACACAUGAACUUUUAGUGGACAUACUUUGAGCGGGGGUAUUUGCAGACAAGGAUUACCUCGCCGUCAUAUGGCUGGCAGCUGCAGAAUACACUGGAGCAAUUCCAAACUUUCUGCAACUGUUUAUCAUUUAAACCCCAACACAUGUACAAAUAGAGUCUGGGUUUUAAUUAGUCAAGUUCAGACUGUUGGAGCCUGUUAUUAACACUGGUGUUUGUUUUUGUGGACUUUAGCCCAAAUGUCUUACAUAAGAUUUGUGUUGGGACGUGACCUCUUCAUGCUUUUAAAACAAGAAUCAUGUACCUGUAAUGUUGUUUCCCAUCUGAUGUGAAUGCAGCAUGAUUCCUCGGCUAGCCUUCGUCCAGUCCAUCUCACGCAUUAAGAAUGGCCUGGCAGCAAUAAUACUCAUGGUACUGCCUUCGAUGUGAUGUAACCUUUCUGUUUUGUCACUCUUGCAUUAGUUGCACUUUUGUGUGGUCCAGCCUGUGAUAUUUUAUAGGGCUACUAGAUGAGUGUGUGUGUGUGUGUUAGCUUUUACUAACAGUAGAAAUGUCAGCGUUAAGAGGAAAUAUUUAUUUUUUAACUAAUUUAUUUUUGUCACUUUAUUGAGCCACAUUCCUUGACUUGUGAAAAUGGUGAGUCGACGUGGAGGAUGAUCUGUGCUGUUUCAUGUGUCCUCAAUGUGUCAAAGUAAUAACAUCCAAAGGGUAUUCUUGUUUUGUUUUUUUUAAACCUGUGCCCCCUUUAACUUGUUGUAGGGUCUAAAUGGAGGUAGAAAACAUUUUAAAAGUUGUUUCAGUAAUUUGCUCCAGCAGGGAGCCGCGCAGCAGGCUUUAAUGUGUGCAGUGUAAUCCACGGGGACAAACGAUGCCUGAUCAAAUUACAUCCACAGACAGGACUUGUUUUGGUCACUGACAGGCUCUUACUGAUAUUCUAAGUGUCUGUUGACAUUACAGAGAGGAUCCCUACAGAGGUAGACCCUUUUGAUUAAAGAGUAAGAUGCCAGAAACAACCUUUACUGUACAUAGAUCUCCUCAAAGUCACCAAACUUGAUUCACAAAAACACCAACUUUACCUUGCAGGACACAGGAGUUGCAUGCCUGUUACACCCGUUUUUUUUUGUUAGUCCUUUAGGAGUCUUUCGUGUCUUUGUGCCAUUGUGACAAAACAUUUUAAAACACCAAAGAAACUGCCAAAUACAGGCAGCAGUAGACAAGCAACUCCUUUCUUUUCUUCUGCAAGGUGAAAGUAGUGUUUUUGUCACUGGAGUCUGGUGGUGUUGAAGAGUUCUGUGUCGAGGUUUUCUCUGGCGUCACACAAAAGCAUCUUAACCUUUGACAAAAAGAUGCAUCUCUGGUUUCUUUCUGUAAUGUUUUCAGACGCUUAAAAGUUACACUCUGAGCCCGUCAGCGACAAAAACAGGAGCUUUCAGCGGACGUACUUUGACUGGACACUUUCACCUCCAUGGAUUACAUUGCAGCCAUUACAUCCCACGCCGUGGCUGCCAGGUGAAGUGAUCUACUGAAACUUCUUCUGCAUUCAUGUACACCUCUAAAAACAGGGCUCCGGUUUUAAAAACAUACCAGAAUAACCCUUUUAAUUUGCUGCUAGUAGAACAGAGAUAGUGGAAGCACUCUCUUGACAUGCUAACCCUCAAUAAUUCUCUCUGCUCUGUAACGCCGUCUUAAGAUGCACUGAAUAAAAAUGUAGCCUCUUCAUAUUUAA